UCGACCGCGUCCUUAGCUUUAUAUGCUUUCAAGGGAGGGCUUGCUGCGAUAGCAAUGAGGAGCUGCAUAGAAAACAUCUAAAGAAACUAUUUGGCUGAAUCCUAUAUGGUUCAGCCACAAUUAACUGGAUCAAAUUGCCACCCGGUUGAAGCAUUAAAUCAUGGCAGAUGCCAAGCAGCACUCUGACAGGCUCCAGAGGAAGAUGUCCACUACAGGGGACAGUUUAUACAAGAUGCUGGGACUGGAGAAAGGGGCCACAGCAGAGGACAUUAAAAGAGCCUACAGAAAACUGGCUCUGAAAUACCAUCCAGACAAAAAUCCUGACAACCCCGAAGCCUCAGAUAAGUUUAAAGAAAUUAACAACGCCAACUCAAUCCUCACUGAUGAGACCAAGCGCAAGAUCUACGAUGAAUAUGGUUCCAUGGGGCUUUACGUUUCUGAGCAGUUUGGAGAAGAGAGUGUCAAAUACUACUUCCUCAUGUCAAAGUGGUGGUUCAAGGCAAUGGUUAUAUGCUGUGGAGUCUUCUCCUGUUGCUGCUGCUGUUGUUGCUGUUGUUUCUGCUGUGGAAAGUGCAAACCACCUGAGGAAGAUGAGAACUACCAGUACGUGGACCCAGAAGACCUGGAGGCCCAGAUCAAAGCAGAGCAGGAUGGAGGAGGUGAAACAAUAAUUAUUGUCCAGCCUACACCUAGUCCUGGUCCUGAAAUCUUCACUGAAACUUUACCGGAUUCAAAAUGACUUUUGGAUAUGGAUUUGGAAGAGCUGCAUCAAGGAAGGGAGGCUCAAAUGUCCCUAUUUUGGUCCAGCCCACAUCCACCGUCAACACCUCAGAGUCCAUGCAUUUUGCAGCCGGCCAGCCCAUGUACACCACCCAGAAAUGAGCCACCUGUCUGGUUCCAGUUCCAGUCAUCAUUGAGGGGACCCUGCUGAUGGACUCAGAAGACUUAGUGUGCCGACUGCAGGGCAUCUAGGCACAAGGACAUCUAAACUGUGCCACUGCACCAUAACCUAACCCUGACCCACUGGAAACAAGUGGCAGUUUGCCAAAAGACAGGGAAGCCUCUGCCAAGCUCACUUUAACUGUGGCUCCAUUGGUGUGUAUGUCUGUCUGUAACCAUCCAUUGAUUAUAUCUCAAAUUAAUAUAGCAGUGAGACUGAUGUCAUUAGGCUGUACUCCAGAAAGGAGGGGGUUUUACUUUAGGGUGGUUUUCUUUCUGGUUCUGACUGUUUUUUUUAUUUUAUUUUGUGCUUUGGAGUCGUUCUGUGGUAGAAGCAUGGAUAUGAGUGGAAUGAUCAAAUGAGCGCAUGCAAAGCAAUAACGGCAUGCCUCGACUAUAAUGCAUUGGAACAUACGUGCACAGCUCAUCCCUCUUUUGCUUCCUAAAGUUGUAAUUUACUUAAAAAUGAAAAUUCAUUUUCCAAACCCAUAUUAGUUUUUCUAGUGUGAAGCACAAAAGGAGAGGUUAGGCAGAAUGUUAGCCUUAGUCACAAUUGAUUUUCAUUGCAUCAGUAUAAUGAAAGGUUACUGAGGCUAACAUAUUGCUUAACAUCUCCUUUUGUAUUCCAAAGAAAGACAGACAGUCAUAUGUAUUUGGAACAACCUGAUGGUUGAGUUAAUGAUGACAGAAUUUUCAUUUUUUUGGUGAUCUAUUCCUUUAAUCAAAAAGGGAAGGAGCCACAACUUGGCACCUUUUUUCAGUUGGCUUCUAUAGACGGUUGUAUUUUCCGUUCUGUGGAUAUCUCAGGCAUGCAGUCACCCGUUACAUGCAUUUGCAUUCUUAUUAUAUUCCAUUUAAUUUCAGUUGAAUCAAUCCAUCUUGCGCAAAUGACAAGACUCAAGACCAAAGCCAAGACUAUCGCCUCAACCAUAAUGCAGACAUGCCGUGCUUGGUAUGCAGAGCCAUGUGCAAUGGUCAAAUAUUUCCCUAAAAUCAUAACACUUGAAAUUGCUGUUGAAAGAUGAUUUUAUGCACUUUUGUCCACUACCUUCAUAGGAGGCUUCAAAUCAGCAAUGCAAAUCUAAUGGCUUAGCCCUUACAGCUACUUAUCAAUUGUGAAAGGCUAGAAUAUCUGUAAAUGUGAUUUGUAAUUUAUCAAAACAGGAUCAACCCUUGUUUUGGUAAAUUCUAUGCCAAAUCUUUGUGCUAUAAGGAUAUAUGAUGACAAAACGCAAAUAUUUUUAAAGAUCUUAUUUAUUUUUAAUAUAUCAAUAUUGAGAACAUGUAUGACUUGUUCUGACUGAAGUGAUGCACUGUGUAAACAUGAUAUUACAAAAUAUUGAUCUGCAAGAACCUCAUCAUUUUAGCAAUAAGGAAAUGCCCAUCAUGCUAAAUGUGAAGGACUCAACACUAGUCAGGUUACUGUGAGAAGUCCUUAAGCCAGUAUGUUAGAUAAAAUGCCAAAUGUUGUUUUCCCUUAGAUAUUUCAAUGGCAAUAACAUAUACUUGCCUCUGCAAUGGAUUGUAGAUCUUUUCGUUUCAGUGGAAUUUCAAGUAGUGUUUGGUCAUCUGUCUUUUCUGGUUGUCAUUUUUUGGGGCAUUUUCCUAUAGCCAAGACGUUUUCUUUCAUUCAGUAAAAAUGGGUAUUGCCUCCAUUGAAUAAAAUGGAUUGACUUAAAACAUGCCAAAAGAUUUGGAUAUGAACACGGAAAUUUAUUACAAAGCUGUUGGAUAUUAUAUGUUUCCAAACCACUUGAUUUUAUUAUUUUUAAAAUGAUGCAUUUCCAUGCUCACAGGAUCAAUGAACCUCAUAAACAAGGCCCAUUUCUACAAUCAAUGUUGUUGUUUUUAACAUGCAUAUUACAUUUUUUGCACUUAUUUAUGGUAAUAAUGGUAAAAUAUUUUAAAGCAUUUCAGAGGUGUUUAACCUGUGCACAAAUUAGGUUUUGUGAUGUUAUUGAACUGUUUAUGAUAAACUGUCUGCUGAUAAGGGGGAACAACUGAGCCUAAAGUUUCCGCUGGCCAGAAUCGACCUGUAUGUGGCAAAGAACAUCACCACAGACCAGCAUGCCGUGUCCUGAGAACUUUCACAAUUCUGUUCCAUCGUUACUUUCCUCCUGUUUUUACUCAACAUGGUUUGUUAUGCAUCACAUGUUUCAUUGUCUCUUUAUAUUAUUCAGUCUGAAUUAAUAAAAAAAAAAUAAUUGGGAUUUGUAAAAAACUGUAUUUGAGUGAACGUUAUUGUGAUUUUGAUGUUUGCUUGUAUUGUACAGCAUUUUGAGCUUGAUGGUGAAAUUUCGUGUCCUCCAGGGUUUUAGUAAAG